AUGGCUCCAUCAGAGAUGGUGAGCAAUAUGGAUGCCCUGGACAAGGAGCUGCAGCAGGGCUGCGGCAGUGCCCUCCACGCCAGGAGGAGGUCAAACCAGCUGGAAGAGAUACUUGCCCGCCCAGAGAAAUACAACUUCACAGGCAGCACGAUUGAGAUCUACGUGUUCAAGUUCAUGACUGAGCACUUCAGAGGGUUAAACCUCAGCAGCAGGAUGGAUGUGAAGCGGGGCCGUGGCAGGAGGCUCAGACACGCCAUGAACUUCCCGGCAGAGCUCAUGAAGGGUGUCUGGGCACGAGGGGUGGAGCAGGAGCUCGUCUGCAUCUACAUCCACAGCCCCUGCUUCUUCCAGGAUGCCCACAACAGCUCUGUGCUGAACAACAACGUGCUGGGAGCCUUCCUGCCGAGCAGGCACGUGGCUGGGCUCAGCCGUCCCGUGGAGAUCCAGUUCUGGCAUGACACAGUGCUGGAUGCCUCCAAUGCCACCUGCGUCUUCUGGCAGCCUGGAGCUGGCGCGGACAGCACCGGCAGCUGGAGCAGGGAGGGCUGCAAGACCACACACAGGGAGGGCACCGUCAUCUGCCACUGCAACCACCUCACCUACUUCGCCGUCCUGCUGGUCCACAGCCCUCCUUCCUCCUUCCCUCUUCUUCCUUCCCUCACCCACAUCACCACCAUCGGCUGCUCCCUCUCAGCUGCUGCCACCCUCUCCCCCCUCCUGCUCUGCUGCUUCUCCAGGCAGCGGCUGAUGGACAACACGACCAGGAUCCACAUGCACCUCCUGGCUGCGCUGCUCCUGCUCAACUGCAGCUUCCUGCUGAGUCCGCUGCUGGCUGCCAGUGCCAAGGGGCUCUGCCAGAUCACCGCCACCCUGCUGCAUGCCAGCCUUCUCUACACCCUGGCAUGGAUGGCCGCUGAGGCCUUCCACCUCCUCCUCCUCCUCAUCAAGGUCUACAAUGUCUACAUCCAGCACUACCUCCUCAAGCUCUGCCUCUUUGCUUGGGGUAAGUGGGCACCCGCCCAGCCCUGCCUGCCCACGUCUGCCUGCAGCACAGCUGCCCCGGCAUGGCCCCACACAGCCUGUCCUGGGCCCGCAGGUCUGCCCACGCUGGCCGUGGUGGCUGUUUUUGUCUUCAAGAGAGAUACGUAUGGGUACCAUACCAUCAGGACCUCUGAAGGCUACAGGAACGCAACUAUGUGCUGGCUCACCAGCCUGCAGGCCUAUUACGCCACCUUCUCCUACGCCGGCCUCAUCCUGCUCUUCAACAUGCUGGUCCUGGGGAGGGUGAUGAUGAUACUGCGGAGGAUACAUCGGCAGAAGGGGCAGGCAAGGAAGGACUGCAUGACAGUGCUGGGGCUUACCUGCCUGCUGGGCACCACCUGGGGUCUGGUCUUCUUCAGCUUUGGUGUCUUCUUCGUCCCCCAGCUCUACCUCUUCACCAUCCUCAACUCCCUGCAAGGUCUCUUUGUCUGCAUCUGGUACAUCACUGUGCACCGCCGCAGCAAGUCGGGCUCCGUCAGCAACACCUCCAGAUAA